GUCAAAGAAUAAGAAGAGUUACCCAAACUUCGUCCCCGUUACUAUUUCACUUCUCUGUCUGAUGCAAUGGAAGAUCCUUCCGUAGAGAAAAUCGCAAUCUCCGGCCCGGCCCUGGCCUCCAUGAUCCAACGCUUCUCCACCUCCCGCGGCGCCGUCGACGGCUUAAUCUUCGGCCACGUCAGCCUCAUCGCCCCCACUCUCUCCGACGACGAUUCCUCCUCCUCCUCCUCCACCCUCAUCGCCACCGUCACCUCCUUUUUCUGCUCCUCCUCCUCCCUCUCCUUCUACACCCCCUCGGGUCGGGUCGACCCGCUCCUCCUCCGCCGCCUCGCCCAACCCCAACCCCCCUCCUCCCACCUCCUCGGCUGGUUCUCCGGCCGCCGCAGAACCCACCUCCGACCCUCCUUACGCGAAUUCGCCGUCUCCAACUCUCUAAUCUCCAACCCUAACCUCACCUUCCCAAUCCAAAACUCUCCGCCGCCGAUCGCCGUCGAUCUCAAACCCUGCCUCUUCUUCCUCUUCGCUUCCCCGAUCUCCGAUCAGACAAUCCACACCCACGAGUACCGCGCCUACCAGUUCCGCAGCUCCACCCACUCCUUCGACCCCAAAUCAAUCGACAUUGUCAACAUCGGCCCGGCGUUUCGCGGCCACUACGGCGCCUUCAGCCCCAACUCGCAGCUUCCGGCCUUGCCCUGCGAAUUGAGGGUUUCGCCGAUGAAUGUGGACAAGGGAGAAGAGAGUUUAGGGCAGUUGAAGAAGGGCUUGAAGGCCCAGAGUGAGCUGGAUAUGUGCGCCGAGGGGUUAGAGGUGAAUAGCCUGUGUAGGCUGAUGGGUUCGGAGGCUGUGAAUUACACUUCUGGAGUGGAGGAGUUGUAUGAGAAGAUGCUUGUGAAGAUUGAGAGCUUGGCCAGGCAAGUUGAGAACAGCUCUGCGAAGAUUCGAGAGCAGGAAGAUCACAACAGGAAGUUGCGACACAAAGCUGCUAGGACUGCUGGAUUGUGAAAGUUGCUGAACUCUUGGGUGUUUUAUGCUUCCGUAAGUCCAGAUUAAAAAUGGUUGAGCAUUCUACGUCUCACCUUAUCUUGCUUUCAUUUGGAAUCGAUCACUUGAUACAGGGAACUGCGUUUACAGGAAAAUGCCUGCCCCAAUCUGGUAGCUAAUGGAUUCGAGAUUUGGACUCAUGGCAUUGCUUUGGAUUAAGCCCGCAGGUUGAUGACAUUUUAGAUGAUGAUCAUCUGUGGGAACCUAGCUCGGAACUGUUUUAUGUACUGGCGUGGUUAGUUUCUUGGGUGGUAUUGAAGACACGGAUGGCUUGUGAGUGCCUCCUUUUUGUUAUUAGUGCACUUGCUAUAUCAGCAUCAACUGUGUAUUAGCAUCCAUAUAUGCUUUUGUUGUUAUCUUUUUAUAAGUUCAGAAACUCAUUUCCAUAAAUAAGAGGAUGAAGAAAGUAAAUGGAUUGUACAGUGUUUCGAUUUUUCUCUUU